AUGCUAGCCAUCCGCCCUCUCCUCUCGAAGCUGGGGGACCUGCUCGCAGCCGAGUUCACCCUUGAGAAGCGUGUGAGGAAAGGCGUCGAGUCUCUCAGCAAGGAGAUGUUGCUGAUGCAGGCUGCCCUUGGCAAGGUGGCGAAAGUGCCGCCCGAGGAGCUCGAUGAGGGGGUUAAGAUCUGGGCAGGAAUGGUAAGGGACCUGGCCUACCAAAUGGAAGACAUCGUGGAUGUCUUCAUUGUGUGUGUGGAUGAUUUAUCUGCCAACCCAAAGAAUAGAGUGAAGAAGUUGCUUAAGAAGACAGGCAAGUUAUUCAAGAAGGGCAAAGAUCUUCAUCGAAUCUCCGAUGCUCUAGAAGAAGCAGUUACUCAGGCUAAGCAGCUGGCUGAGUUGUGCCAAAGGUACGAGCUCGAGACACUGAACACCCGCAUUGGUGCUAGCAUUGAUCCUCGCACCAUAGCUCUGUACAUAGAUGUGAGAGAGCUUGUCGGCAUUGAAGAACCACGAGACGAGUUGAUCAACAAGUUACUUUAA